UGUCACCAGUACUCGACAGCAAGGCCGAGUGCAAUGUUCUCUCACUCAUUUUCAUGCUAACCAGUAGCUUUAGAAGGCGCUCCUUUUGCAUAUGGUGUCAAUGUUACAAGAAGUAUUAAGUGCGCCGUAUAUUCCCGCCACUGGGUGUUGCCGUAAGAACUAUUCUACACAAUCAGCGACAUGGAUGGGAAUGACCUCAAGUUCCUGUGUAUUGGUAUGGUGUGUCUGGAUGAACUGUUAUAUUGCAAAUAUUAUCCGAUAGAAGAUUGCCUUCAAAGAGUUCUUGAGCGAAGGCUGCGACCAGGAGGCAACGCCGGCAAUAACUGUAAAGUGCUAUCGGAGCUGAAAGCUAAAUGCGAUUUACUUGGAUCACUUAAUAUCAACUGCACAUCUGGUCGUAUAAUCAAGGAGCACUUGGAGUCAUUUGGCAUCAACCUGGACAAAUGCGACUACAUUGAAGGCUACGAAGUACCUAUAGCAACCUGCAUUAUUAAUGAAGAAAACGGAUCGCGCACGUCUUUGUAUUACAGUGAGGAGUGGCCUGAAGUUUCGUAUGAAGCUUUCCUCAAGAUAGAUUUGUCUCAGUACUCCUGGAUCCACUUGGAGAUGCGAAAUUUCGACGAGCUGGAUAAAAUAAUACCAAAGAUUGCGGAAUGGAACUCUGGGAGGCGCAAUCCAGUCCCAGUAUCACUGGAAAUGGAAAAUUAUGACGAACGCUGUAUGAAAUAUAUGUCCUAUGGAGACGUAAUCUUCGUCAGCAAGGAUUUUGCUAGAGAUCUCGGAUAUAACUCGAUGUCUGCAGCCCUGGAUGGAUUUUAUGGACUUCUGAAACCAGGGGCGAGCCUGGUGGUACCGUGGGGGGAGGAAGGAGCUGCUGCCCGAAGUCCCGGCGGCGUGUUUUUCUCGCCCGCCUUCCCUCCAGAGAAGGUGGUGGACACGCUGGGGGCGGGGGACUCGUUCUGCGCGGGUAUUAUGCUGGCCCUGGCCAAGGGUCGGCCACUGGAGCAGAGCCUGCGGUUCGCCUGCCAGGUCGCGGGCGCCAAGGUCGGCCUCCGCGGCUUCAAAGGCCUUGGCGAGGUCCUCAGGCAGCGAGGCGCUCUCCUCGACUAGCUGCCAACUUCAGCAAUCAGUCGGCGGAACGAGCCGACGACAAGUUCUCUUGUGUCGUUUUUUUGCUUUUGGGUCAAUUUCAAAACGAACAAAGUAAAAGAUCGUCGUUCCUACCUUAAAGUUUGUGCCUGUACGUUAUUUGUUGUAAUUAACUGUUUACAGUCUGUGGUAAACCUGCUUUAAUUCAAA